AUAAAUUUUGAAAUACAUGUACCAUCCUCCAUGCUCAUAUCAUCCCUCUUUUUUCAAUGAGUUGAAGAAACUAUUCCGUGUCAUUUUCAAUCAAUCAUAAUACAAACCUUAAACACAAUAAUUAGACGGCGUUGCCCCGUAAAAGUGUAAAACAGUGGCCUCGGCGAGAAAUAUAAUGUACUGUAAAAUUUGAACACAAACACAAACCUUCUCUAUCACUUCUUCAUAGUCCAACCUUCAUUCCUUCCUUCCACCGCCACCGGUAAAAUGCAGCUCCUGCCGCCGGCAGCCGCAGCCGCAGUGUUUCUCCCCCUGAUACUCGCGAUUUUUCCAUCUGCGGCGGCGGAAGCUCACAACAUCACCAGCAUCCUGGCCAAGCACAAGGAGUUCUCCACCUUCAACCACUACUUAUCCCUCACCCGCCUUGCCGGGGAAAUCAACAGCCGCCGGACUAUUACGGUCUGCGCCGUCGACGACGCCGCCAUGGCGGAUCUGCUCGCCCAGCAGCAUUCCAUCCACACUAUCAAGAACAUCCUCUCCUUACAUGUGCUCCUGGACUAUUACGGCCGGAGGAAGCUCCGCCAGCUCGCCAAUGGCUCCGCCCUGGCCGCCACUAUGUUCCAGCCCACCGGAUCCGCUCCCGGAUUCGUCAAAAUCUCGGAUCUGGAAGCCGGAAAAGUCGGAUUCGGUAGUCAGGGCGAGGGAGAACCGCUCCAGGCCACCUUCGUGAAGGCGGUGGAAGAGAUCCCCUACAACAUUUCCGUCAUUCACAUCACUAGGGUUCUGCCGUCGGCGGCGGCUGAAGCGCCGGCUCCCGGCCCCACCAAGACGAGCAUCACGAACAUAAUGUCGGCUCACGGGUGCAAACUAUUCGCCGAUACGCUCCUCGGAUCUCCGGCGAAACAGACGUUCGAGGACGACAUCGAGGGCGGAUUAACGAUUUUCUGCCCGGCAGACGAGGCGAUGAAGAAAUUCAUGCCGAAAUUCAAAAAUCUAACCAAAGACGGGAAGGAAUCUCUGCUGGAGUUUCACGGAAUCCCAGUGUACUAUCCGCUCCAGACGCUGAGGUCAAACAACGGCGACAUGAACACUCUGGCCACCGACGGGGCCAACAAUUUCGAGGUCAACAUUCAAAACGACGGCCAGGAAGUGACGCUGAAGACGAAGAUUACCAAGGCGAGGAUCACAGAAACUCUGUGGGAUAAACAACCGUUGGUCAUUCUCUCGAUCGACGAGGUCUUAAUGCCCAAGGAGCUCUUCAAGCCGGCGGCCGCCCCCACCCCUGCUCCGUCGCCCUCGAAGGUGGCGGACAGGGCGGAGUCUCCUAAACACUCCGGAAAGAACCACAAACCAGUUAAAUCUCACACCACCGACUCUCCGGCCGAUGCUCCGGCGGGUGAGGUCGCAGAUCAGAACGCUGCUGAUGCUAACGGUGCCGUUGCUUUCGACGGGGUAAUGUCUAUUACUACUGGGCUGAGUUUGUUGGGUGCAUUUUUACUGCAGCUGUAAUUUUGUGUCUAGAUUUUUCUUUUAUUUUCUCUUUCAUCUCUAGAGAUUUCAAACAUUUUUAAAAAUGGCAAAAUAAGUGUGGCCUUUAUUAUGACAAUUACUUUAA